GGUAGAACAGUGAUGUGACCAAGAUCUGAAAUGAAGCGUGGCUGAAAUUGGAACUAAUUUCAGGAAGAUUUCAGUUAGCGCCCUCCUGUCAGUGUCAUUUAAGUGCCACAAGAUCUUAGUCACCGAGCAUUUUUUUGAGUUGCACUGUAUUAAACUCACAUAAAAUUAUAGGAAAUAAGCCAAGGAAUAUACCAAACCCUCCGGACUUACGCCCUCAUGCAAAAGGAGUGUAUAUUCCUAUUACUUGCUCAGUGCCCUCAAAACGUAUUAUCCAAGUAGACUGUGUUUAAAUAAAUAAGUUAUAUCUGAACCUCGGUAAUGACUGACGGAGUCCAAAUAUUGAGACGCAACCGCCCUGGUUCUAAAGCUAAGGACUUCUGUCGAUGGCCUGACGAACCAUUUGAAGAGAUGGAUAGUAUCUUGGCAGUACCUCAGUAUAUACAGCAAACUAUACGACGUGAUCCCUCUAAUCUUGAAGCUAUUCUGAAAAAACCCGAAGCUCAAGAAGAGGGGGUAUGGAAAUAUGAGCAUUUAAGGCAAUUCUGUAUGGAAUUGAACGGACUAGCUGUUAGAUUACAAAGCGAGUGUAAGCCAGAGACAUGUACUCAAAUGACAGCUACAGAGCAAUGGAUAUUUUUGUGUGCUGCUCAUAAAACUCCUAAAGAAUGCCCUGCAAUCGAUUAUACCAGGCAUACUCUAGAUGGUGCAGCUUGUUUGCUGAACAGUAAUAAAUAUUUUCCAAGCAGAGUCAAUAUCAAGGAAUCAUCUGUAACAAAAUUGGGUUCAGUGUGCAGGAGAGUGUACAGAAUAUUCUCACAUGCGUACUUCCAUCAUCGGUCAAUAUUUGAUGCAUUUGAAAAGGAAACUCAUUUGUGCAAGCGUUUCACAUAUUUUGUGACAAAGUAUUCUAUCAUUCCUAAAGAAAUUUUGAUAUUACCUAAGCUUGAUGAUGAAAUACCCAUAACUCAACCUGUUGGAGAAUCUGAAGCUUAGAAAGUUUUUUGUCUACUCUCUAAUAAUAAUCUUGUAGCACUGCAUUUAUUUAUGAAGUGAAAUAAGUAAUAUAAACCACUAAUAAACUUUGUGUCUCCAAUUAGUUGUUUUUAAUGGAGUAUUUAGUGUUAUUUUUCUCCCACAAUUUCAUGAAACAGUGUCAUCACUCAUUGGCGCAUGUCGAAGCGUACGCGUCAUGGUUUCCCGUCUUUCGCCUGUAGCAAAUUCAUCUCUAUUUCCCUAUUAAUAAGGUACUAGCGGCCGCGUGGAGUUAGUUAGAAAUAAA